UUAAUUUUCCCUUAUAUUCCGGUAUGGAAAUUGUGUAGAGUACGAAAGAAGAAACGAUUCGACCUUGAAGAAUCGCGCAAAGGUAACUAGCGAGCAAAAACAAGCAUUUGCAAUGCCGUUGCCAACGGUCGUUUCCACUACUUCUUCUUUUUCUGCCGUACUUCUAUCAACUAUUACGGCGCGCUCUACACUCCCUCCAAAACGCACCGUUUCUCCUUCCCCUCUCUCCGUUCUCUCUCGCAGAGACAUCGCUCUACUCUCCUUCCUCGCGCUCUCUCCACCUGCCUCCGCCAUUGAAUUUGGCAUAUCAGGACCGAAGAAUUGGCUAAAAGAGCAAAAACGGAAUGCCUCCAAGUUCCUAUUGGCCCCCGUGGAUGCCUCCCGCCAAAUCCUUCGCUCUGCCUAUCUCACGCUCAGUUUCGAUUUGGUUCCAUUUGCAGCGAAAACCGACGCUACUUAUACGGAUGAGGAUUUGGAGCAGAUCCAGCAGCUGUUUAUAUCUGCUGCUAGGGAUUGCGUACCACAGGACCGGAAUUCUUUCGUCACUUUCCAAGCCAAGAGCGGAGUAGAGGUGUGCACAUUUCGGUUGAUUGUGAAGAACGCUGCUUCGUUGCUUGGAAAUAAGGAUCCUGUAAAGUUGAAAGCCGAAGCUUUGCUAGAUAAUCUUAUAAGAUCUUUCACCACUGUCAGUGGGAUGGCAAGUGAAACCAACAUUCAACUUGCAUCGGAUAGAGAAAAGAUAGCGGAUGCUGUAUCAGAUACCAUAUCUGAUCUCGACAAAUUUGAGCAGGGAAUCAGGGAUUGCCUUGAAAGUUGAAACCUAACUUAAAGAAUAGCCUAUCCUACUUUUUUGAUGUGGAAAGUUGAUCCUUAAAAAAUCACGCAAGGAGCUUAUUGGUGUAAUAACCAAUUUUCUGUUAUCACCGGUUUGCUGACUGCCGAGAAUACCAAAAUAUGCUUUUGCCGUACUUUAAAAUACUUAUUUGUUCUCUCAAUCUGAAAUCUUUGUCAUCAGUUUAUAGAUACUCUCCUCCGAUUCAAGAUACAAAAUACAAGUUGCGUAUCUGCCUUGUUGAAAGAGACUGCUAUUUCAAUGAGGGAGGAGGUUUUGGUUGCUGAAGAUUUUUGUGUACUUUCAAACUGAAUGGAAGAAUAGUAAUAAAUGCAUUUUCUAAAUGGGACACCCCUUCUCCCCCCAUAUCUAGGAAACUGCCAAAUCAAGACAAUAGUAGACAUCUACUUCACAUACCUCAUUUGGUGAUAAUUUUCUUCAGGUUUACUUUUAUUUAUUUAUAAUCAGGUAAUAUCACAACACAUUUAGUCUGCAUUAAUUUUUUAUAAUACUAAAAAUCACACUUAUAUGAUGAAUAAUAUGUAACAAUUGAAUUUUAGAAUUAAAAUGAUUGUCAGUUUUUUAUUAAAAAAAAGAAUUGCUCUGAACAUUAUUUAUUUGUUGUUUCAGUUUUGUUGAGUGAAAAAACGGAUUUUGAUUUGGGGCUGGAGUAAUUGACUGGGUGUAUUUUCUUAAUAGUAAUACCAAAUAUGUAUAUUAGUUACUGCAUUAUUUAUUUGCCAGCAUUAUUUUCAUCAUUUUACGCACAGAGAGUUGAAUUCUUCCAUCAAGAACUGGAAAGAGAAAAAAGGGCUGAAUUAAUUUACCUAGAUCCUGAGAUUAUUUAUUGUUGACCCUGUGGUACUUCGCCGACGGUGUAGAAUAUAAAUUAUAGGAGCGACGUCAUAUAUGGGCCAACAAUUGUUGGGCGAAUUUGCAAAUAAAAAUGUGAUACCUACUUCCCA